GGCGAGAAGGAGAUUUAACGUGUUUGUGAGUACAAUAAAUAGAGAAAGAGAAGAACGAUACCGGUCGUUGAUGAGCAACCCUUAGUGCUAGUCUAUCGGGCAGUAAGUUUAGGGCGAGCCAUAGCUAUAGCUGCCCAUGGUGGCUUGCAUUUCUACGUAUUGAAGGAACCUCAUCCCUGCUCCGUUUACAGCUGAAGGUGGCUCGCCUCAUAGCUGUAGUGCCGUUUGUUAUUGGUUCUCCAAUAGACGUUAUAUUUUUGAUGCUGAGCUGCAUUGUAAACUGCUGCUUGGAGCUGACAUUGUUGCAUAUCUUCAACGAAAGACCCAUCGCCUGCUAACCCCAUUGGAUAAAAGUGUCGCGGAUGUAGAUUGUGUAAGCAUAGUGUAACAUCCACAAGUGGUAGAAGACGUUGCUCCGAUCUACAACGGCUACCAGUGGCGACGGUACCGUGCAGUAGAAACGCAGAGAUACUCAACUAAUUAACAAGAGAAAUCGUUACCGAGCGUUUACUAUACAGAGUAGCACACUAGGAAGACAAGUAGAUAAUCAUGGCGUCAGAAAUGAUGGCCAGCGAUACCUGCGUGGACCAGCCUUCAUCGUUAACGAUGUCGGAGUGCGACUCGAUGGCGGACGAUCAGUCGUCACAGACGUGUCCACAGACAGCCCCGGUUCUACCCGGAUCCGGAUUUCGAGUUAAUUGGAUGAACCUUCGAGAUGCUGACACAGGAAAAAUCCUUUGGCAGGGCGUUGAAGACCUCUCAAAAUCCGAUGUCGAGCACGAGGCGCGCGUUCCAAAGAAAAUACUGAAGUGCCGCGCCGUCUCCCGGGAGAUCAAUUUCUCAUCAUCACAACAAUUGGACAAGUUCCGCCUUGAACAGAAGGUAAUGUUUAAGGGUCGCGUUUUGGAAGAGUGGUUUUUCGAAUUCGGCUUCGUCAUUCCGAUGUCUACGAAUACGUGGCAAUCGAUAAUCGAGGCUGCACCAGAGAGUCAAAUGAUGCCAGCAAAUGUUCUUAACGGCAACCUGGUCAUCGAGACCGAAUUUUAUGACGGCGAAAACCUACUCUCAAAAUCAGCGGUUCGACUCUAUUACAUUUGAAUUAGUAGUUAAAUCAACUUACGUUGCUGGUGGUCGACCUCCAGGCAGUCCUGUGAUUCACCCAAGCAACAAACAAUAGUCGGGACGAAGCAGUUAAGCCGACAGGGCGCAGGUCGAAGCACCAGACCGUGUCAGCCAUAUGCGAAAUCAUCGUCUCACCAUAGCCAAUUGCCCAUAUAAAUCAACCGUAUUUCUUAAUCAAUUCAUUUACGUCUCAGACAAAUAUCGGUUAUGUAGAACAACAUAGGCCUAAACACUGGGUACCAGCUGUUCACAUAUAAGUCGACCGCGCAGGAUCCUGUGCAAGAACUGUGCAAGCCAACAACUAUUCAACAGUACCAAUAGCAAUCGUUGAAACAAUAAAAUUGUUUAUAGUAACAAUAAUAAUAUAAAAAGGAACGAGCGGAGCAAACGUUAUCUUACCUGUUUGGGUAAAAACGUCGUACAACGCAGUGAGUGAUCUACAAAUAAGGUUUCUGUAUAGAUACCGUUUUAUAAUUGCGUGAUAUUAGUGUAACCUGUCGUUCCAUUUUAUUGAACAAUUUCCCGCUUCAAGAGAAGUCGAAGAUUCCGUAAGGUUCAUGAGACCCUUAGCCCAUGAUAUUAUUUAAAACAAUUAUGGUACGAUAUAGAAUGAUUGACAACGCCUUACGGGAACGAAAACAAACAAGCAGAAAGACUUGGAUCGUUAGAUUUGACCAUUCAUAUGAAUAAUAUGGAUAUGAAGUUGGAUAUAUCUAUAAUAUAAUUAUUGGUUAUAGUAUUGUUUUGUAUAGGCCUUGAAACACACAAUAUAAUUAUGGUCUCUGGGCUUACCAGCUAAAGAAUCUCAGAGCAAAUUAAUUGUUAGUACUAGGUAGAUAUAAUAAAAGUUUUGCCUAAAAAGAGUAUACUUUCUAGAUAUUUUGCUGUCGAGUCCAGACGUAUUGAUCAUGUAAUGACAUUAGACGAGACGUAGAAUUAACCUAGGCCAAAACAUGUUGUAUCGCCUGACAGGACGGUCAGUCUAGGCCAAGUUACCACCUGAAUUAGUGCUACUAGAAAAACGUUGUGCUUUUGUUUAACUUGCGUCAAUAUUCGGCUAACUGUCAGUUUACCAGAACUAGAUGCCAUGGCAGUAUCAGUUUGCAAUUGAAGCAAGGGAAUUUGAAGUGGGCGGAUGAUAGAAGCACUGUUCAAUGCCGCACACUCGUACUGAAAAAGGCACUGUAAUAAGUAUGCUAUCGUUUUGUACGAAGCAGAUUUACAAGUUUUGUAAUAUUUGCUAGUAUUUAAAACUUCAAACGAGAAGUUAAUUUAUAUAAAUUUAUAAAGUCAAAAUACUGUAUAUCGUGGGGCCUUAUUAGUCUAAUUUGAGAGUAAAUUAUUUAUGUUCGUAUCACAUGACCUAAAGAUGUUCUAAGGCAUCGCCCGCUGUAUGGGUUCUGUAUAACGGCAGAUUAUCGCAGAAUUUAGCAAAGUAGUGCAGAACUAUUCAUUAUAUUUCGUAAGUAUAUUAGAAAGAAAAACAUCUUGUUUCCUUGAUUUCGAAUUUUGUCAAAUUCUAAUUGUAAAAUCGGCUUCUUCUGAGACCUACCAUUAAUAAUGCGUACCCGUAUUGUUUGCGGCUAUUAAAAUCUGUUAUUUUUUAUGUGUUUUACUAUAUAUUUAUAUAUAAUGGUCAGAGUUCUCAUCCGUCUACGGUGCUGAUCAUUGUGUAUCGUAUUGGCACACAUGACUCUGCGGUUAUCUGCAGUACUUCCGUAUCCAGUCCAGCAAUGCACAAUCAAGAAGAUUCAAAUUGAAAAUAGUUGCUGUUUUUGGGACGAUCUAUAGAUUACUGAUGUUGAUUUUGAAUUACUGAGUAAACGAAAGUGGUAGACUGAAGCGAGCGAGAAAUUGUAACGGAUGUCUAUGUAUAAUAUUGAUAGCAAAAGUACGCGUCUUUCUCAUUAAGGAGUGCUCCAAAAUGUUAUGUCGCAUGAGACAGCGACGCGCUUCGUUGGAAAUAAAUCAUAUAUUCAUUUUCUAGGAAGAUUAUAGAAUAAUAAACCCGCCCACUCAAUCGGUAUUACUGCGCUGAUCCUAAUAAGUUGAACGCGUGAGCCGUACAAGAUUUACCCGUGAUGGAGAACGCAUUUGGCAAAAGCAUGAAAAUAUCCGUUUAAAGUACAGUUAGUUGUGAUUGUACUAAGCAACGUAGGGGUGGUGCUUUGGCGAAGAGUUUUACAUUAUUAUGGAAAACAACAUUUGUCCUAGUAAAGGGUAUGUUCGCAUGACGCUCAUUAGAGAAAAGUGCAUCAAGAGGUAAUUAAGACAAUGUCUAACUGUACUUCCCGUCACCGCUUACGACCUGAGCAUCACUCCGAACCUAUUCAAAGGGAACACACAAUAAAUAUUGCAAAAAGAAGCCUAGCAUAGCACGAUAACAAUACUCACUUUAGACUCAUUUCAUAAAUCACCUGUCCGCUUUAGCCGAUGUGCACAACCAGAGCUUCGUGUUAUAAUACUCAUAACAGCAAACACAGUGUUAAUAAUGGUAUUGAUAGAGAGGAAAAUAUGAAUAAAGUAAGUGAUCGUCGAGUCAUAAUAAGAGAAUUUAUCGGAUGCUCUACUUUAUAGAAAUAUUUUGCUUUCUAAACAAUGAUAAAGAAGCUGUGCUUAGAAUAUUGUUCUAAUGUCAAAAGAAUAAAUUGUUGUUUGCAAUACAGCUGGGGCUCACAUUGAUCACAUUUGGGUUAGUUAGAAGAAUUAUAGCGAAGAAAUUGCAGACGCCUGAGUUCACGGUAAAAUGCAGAAACUUCUCUAGAGUUUCAAUCGUGC